AUUCGCCCGCAGCCAAUGAGAGGGGCUCCGGGACGAUAAGCGAGACACACUGAAUUUCGACGAGGAAAAACGAGAGCCGUCCGAAAAUCUUCAAUACUCACGACAGCACUUCAGCCAACGACAGCCGACGCCUCGUCAACUCAUUCAAAAUGUCCACCACCGUUCAGACCGGCAAGAAGCAGCGCUCGGCCAUCGCCGAUGUCGUCUCGCGCGAGUACACCAUCAACAUGCACAAGAGAUUGCACGGUGUUUCCUUCAAGAAGCGUGCUCCUCGUGCUAUCAAGGAGAUCAAGGCCUUCACUGAGCGUGCUAUGGGCACCAAGGAUGUCCGCGUCGACCCCCAGUUGAACAAGAAGGUCUGGGAGGCCGGUGUCAAGGGCGUUCCUUACCGUCUCCGUGUCCGCAUCUCCCGUAAGCGUAACGACGAGGAGGGCGCCAAGGAGAAGCUCUACUCCAUGGUCUACGCCGUCAACGUCAAGGAGACCAAGGGUCUUCACACCGCUGUCGUCGACGAGGAGUAAACGGGGAAAAUCUUCUUCAUUUCCAUAUUAGAUAUACCUUUUGUUACUCUAUGAAAUGAUGGGGUUUCUCUGUUUUUACGAUACCGUCCGGGUCGGGUCUUGCUCGGUUGGGUUGGAACAUUUAAAUUAAAAAAAUCGGAAAAGUUUCUUUCCCUGUCGUGAUCCGCAUAUUGCAU